AUGACAGAUAUAAAAACAAAAUUAGAGUCGGAUCUCAGAAGAGAGGAUAUCAAGUACUGGACUCCAUCGCAAGACGAUGGAAAAAAGAAAGACGACGAUGGAAGAAAGAAAGACGACGAUGGAAAAAAGAAAGACGACGAUGGAAAAAAGAAAGACGCAGAUGGAAAAAAGAAAGACGCAGAUGGAAAAAAGAAAGACGCAGAUGGAAAAAAGAAAGACAAGUGUGAUAUUUGCUGCGUAAAUAAGCCCGAGAAGACUUUCGUCAAACUUCAACAUGGAAUAAGUUGUCGUUCAAAAAUAAAGAUGUGCGUUGGUUGUCUGUGGAACUUGCGAUACAAUCCCGUCAAGUGCCACUCGUGUGAUCAAGAGAAAAUACAGUCCCCAGUUGGUGAUCGCUGGGGUGCCAUUCUCAUAGCGGGCACAGAUAAGAAGGAGGACAUAACAAAAAGAUUUGAAGACGAUAUAGAAAAGCUGAAAGAUAGAGUCAUUACAAAAGCAACUUUGAUGGGUGUAAGGGACAAUGUAGUCACAGUGAAGAAAUCUAAGAAAACGUACGGUGAACAAUUGAUGAAGGCAUUCAGCAAUUUUGAUACUUCAGAGAUCAACACGCUGGUAUUAGUUUAUUCAGGCCAUCAUGGGGAUGAAGGAUUUCAAUUAGACACUCAUACGCUGACGGACAGUGAGCUUGAGAAGAAAAUCAUCUGUCUUAAACAUGUGACGAAAGUUAUUUUAUUUCUAGAUUGCUGUCACCCAAAGAAGCUUAAUCUGGGCGAAAAAGCGGUAUUACAGUUUAAUGCCGUAACAAGCCAACAAAAAGCUAUCAGUGAACCAACAGGUAGCCAGUUUGUAAAUGACAUUGUCAAGGUAUUGACAAAUCCCUGGGAAUGUAGGUGUUGCGGAAAUACACCUUUAAUAAGAGAUUAUGACAUGCACAAGUAUUUCAACAAGCACCCUUACAAUGAGUCGAAAACACCGUCACAGCAAGCAUACACAGAAGGGGACAUUGACCACAUUCUUAUGUUUAGACCAGUUGACCCUAGAUGGUUGAACAAGUUGGAAGAAUCAUUAGAAAGCAGCCCAUUGCAAAGAUUGAGAAAUAAGCUAUUUGAUCAGUACAAAGAUACAAGUAUAAUGAGUGUUCGCUUUGACAUUGAUGAUGCACUUGAAAAAGUAUACGAAGAGCCUAAACUUACUUUAAGGGAAAAAAAAGAAAGAAAAGAGGUCAAAAGGCCUAUAAAAUUAAAUAACAUUUUUCAAGGCAAAGCGGGCACGAUGGCUAAAACGAUAUUUGUUGAAGGAGAGCCUGGCUCUGGAAAGUCCUCGCUAUGCAAGAAGAUCGUUCAUGAUUGGUGUGAAAUAAAACAGCGACUUGAGGGGCAGUCAACGGAUGAAUGGUGUAAAAUGUUAAGUCAGUUUGAAUUCGUAUUUUACGUUAUUCUCCGAGAGGCAAAGAAUGAAUGCAAUAUAACGAAUAUGAUAUUGAAAUAUAUUAUUGCCAGGAGCAAAUUAGAACAAGAAAGCGAAAAGAUAUUGCUUGAAGACAUUUUGGAAACCAACACCUGUCUACUAUUGCUUGAUGGUCUAGACGAAUGGCAGCAUCCUGAAAAGUGCACUCUGAGUGAGAAAACUCCCCAUGUUGAUACAAGUUGGAAGAAAUGUAUAUUAUGCAUCACAACUAGACCGUACAAACUGGCUCAGCUAAAAAUAGGCUGCUCUAAGAUUGAGAAUCACAUUUUGCUUGAAGGAGUCACGUAUCCUAAAAAACUUGUUGCGAAAAUAGUAUCUAGUUUGAACAACUUUCACGCCAAAGAAAAAUCAAGUGAUCAAUGCAUUGAUGACAUUCGCCAUAAAAAAAUGUGGCAUUUCAGUGAAUGUCCAAUCUUGUUAGCUCACAUCGUUUGGCUAUGGUACAAGGGAAAGCUUUUGGCAGAUAUAAACCUCUCUGUUCUUUACAGAACCAUGCUGGGUGAACGAUGGGAAGAAUUCUAUGUGAGGUGGCCAGCUAUGGGAUAUAAAAUCGAAUUCAAUGACGUCAUACGUGCCCUGAGCAAAAUAGCUUUUGAAAAGUUAUUUGCUGAAGAUGAAAAAAAGACAAUUGUUUUUGAAAUAAAUGAGCAGGAGAAGACGACCUUGAAAAAUCUAGAAGAGGCAUUGCUAAAGUCUGGCAUCAUAUCCUGUAAAAACGUUCAUGGUGAAUAUUCUGGGCUGUAUUACUUCUUUCACAAAUCAGUUCAAGAAUACCUAGCGGCGCUGUUUUUAUCGGAAUGCAUUGGGAAAUGUUGGCAUGAUCAUAAAAGGCCAAAUAGAGCUAGACAUGAGCGAUAA